AUGUCGGAAUUGAACCCUGUCACUAAGCAUAAGGAGUUCUUUGGAAUUCCUGGUGCUUUAGCAAUCCCAACGUUCUUGCCAUUACUCUUGGUAUUCUUCUAUGCCGUGUGCAAUGAACACUACUCGGUUAAAGGGAUCCUGCUUGAUCUCAACAAGGUUGCCGAACAGAUUCCCCAGUCCUGGGACGAAUGGAGGGAAUUGUGCUUUGAUGGUACGGUGUGGACUGCCUACUUGGCCUGGUUCUUUAUCUUGGCUGUCCUCGACGUCUAUUCUCCUGGUAAAGACAUGGACGGUGUUACCCUUCGUGAUGGUACCAAGUUGCAAUACCGUAUCAACGGUAUCUUUAUGAGUGGGACCUUGAUUGUGUUGCUUCUCGCAAGACUCUUUGCAUCUGGAGACUACUACCUUCCUGAGUUGCAAUUCUUGUACGACAACCAAGCAAAGUUGAUCUUCGUCACCAUCAUUUACUCGUUCAUCGUGGCCUUCUUCGUGUAUUUCAUGUCUUUUGUCCCAUUGCGCAAAGAAAAUGGCCUCAAGACAAAGGAAAGGAUCCUUUCUAUCAACGGUAACUCAGGUAAUCCUAUUUACGAUUGGUUCAUUGGACGUGAAUUGAACCCAAGAAUUGGUGCGUGGGAUAUCAAGCUCUUUUGUGAGUUGAGACCAGGCAUGUUGUUGCUUUUCUUGAUUAACUUAUCUUGCAUUCACAACCAAUAUCACAAGUUUGACAAGAUUUCCAACUCAUUGGUAUUGAUCAACUUCUUGCAAGCUUUCUAUAUCUUCGAUGGUGUCCUCAACGAGGAAGGCUGCUUGACCAUGAUGGAUAUCGCUACCGAUGGAUUCGGAUUCAUGCUUGCAUUCGGUGACUUGGCCUGGCUUCCAUGGUCAUACUCUUUACAAUGUCGUUAUCUUUCUUUGGAAGGUAACGCUGUUGAUCUCACUUGGAUUCAGGCAGCUUCUAUCUUGGCUCUAAGCUUCUUCGGUUACUACAUAUUCCAUUCUUCAAACCAACAGAAAUCAGACUUCAAACAAGGCAAGCUUGACCAUAUGAAGAGCAUCCCCACCCCAACUGGUUCGAAGUUGCUUGUUGAUGGAUGGUGGAAGCUCUCGCAGCAUAUCAACUACCUCGGUGAUUGGUUCAUCGGCUGGUCUUGGUGUCUACCUACCGGAAGUCAAACCAUUUUGACCUACUUCUAUGUCAUCUAUUUUGGUGUCUUGUUGGUUCACAGGCAAACUAGAGACGAAGCCAAAUGCAGAGCUAAGUAUGGCAAGGCAUGGGAGGAAUACGAGAGACAGGUUCCUUACAAAAUAGUUCCGUACGUGUGGUAA